GAAUUUUCAAGAAUCGAGCCCCAGAAUUGUGCACAUAUGAGUUAUUCGCUCGCCCAAAUGUGGACAUUGGCUACGUAGUUCAUGUCCAUUUUAUUUAAAGGGCCCAGAUGGCGUAUCGCGUUCGCGGAUCACCUAAAAGGCGGCCGUGUCGUCUCUCAGUCUUCUCUCUGAUCACGAGACUCUCACGAGAUAUUAGUAUACACAUAUGUACACGUACCUACACGCGUGUACGUACGUAUGUGGGUGUAUAUUUUUGGCAGACGAAACGUCCGGGUCCGAGUUCGAGCCUCGAAGGAGUCCGACCCGACGUCGUUCGUCGUUCGUCGACUGCUUGUCGACGGACGUCCGUGAGCCGCGAGUAGGGCCUAACAGGGCCUAACACCACACUCGUGUUUGAUGUGGUUAUCAUGGGACUUUGAAAAGCCAUAAUCUUGAGUUGGAUCGGCAAAGAAAAGAAAUUCCAGGGAAUGGUCUAGAAUGAAUAAAGAAUAUAAAUAUUGAAUGUCAAAAAGUCAUUGCAAGCAAUGAUACAAAUAAAAGUUGUCGCAUUUAUGGGUGACAUUUUGUAGCUAUUAGUACAUUUAUAUGUCCUUUUGUAUCAAAUUCAGUGAUUAUUUAUUUGCAAUUUGGCAUUGAGAAAUGCCAGCACCAUCUCCAACUCUCUCAAACUUGCCAGAAACACCUAUGUGUGAGAAAACAGAAGUCAAUGAUACCGAUUCUCUGCCCCCCUGGGCCAAAAUCACCCUUACAUCUGCAGAAGCAGAAAUUGAAAAGCUGAUCUCGCGAAACGAGUUGAAAGAUGCAGAGGUAACUUACUUCUGUCAAGUAGAACCAAUUCUUCAAGAUGGGCCACAAUGCGGGUUAGUGGCACUUUCAAUGGCAUCACAAGAAUAUACAAAACCAGUUUCUGUGAAUCAACUUCUUGCUGAAGCUCGUGUUCGAGGUUUCACACAACAUGGAGAAGUAUAUAGCGUUGAUUUUAUGGGAACAUUGGCUGCGGAAUAUUUGCCUGAUCACAAACCAGAUAUUUUAGUAGAUUUACAACAGUGCCCAGAUACGUUAACUCAUGCUUUAGCACAUGGAGCAAUGGUAUUGAUACCAUAUGAUUCGGACUUUAAUCACGCUCCGUGUUUAAAAAAAGGUCAUAAAGCACAUUGGGCAUUGCUUGUAGGUCUAAUUUCUUCCAGACAAGGCUAUCAUGUUCUGGCACGUCAUGGUAAAUCGCGUCAUCUGGCUUGUUGGCCAUUACGUGAUUUGAUUGAAAGUAACGGCAACUUAGAAGAAGAGGGUACAGCAAGACACGCAGGUGGAUAUGUUAUACCAAAGGGUGGAGUUGGAGGUCAAAAAGGCUUACGCGGUAGAGCACUGGCAUUACAUCCGUACAUAUAAAGUCAUUAUAUCAAUGAAAAUUGUAGGUAAUUGAUUUUUACGGUAAAAGAAGAAAAUUUACCGAUACUCUGUAUCCACAUGUGCUAAAUAUUCGAAACAUAAUAUUUGCAUAUAUAUACACAGCUUCCAUAAGAAUCGAUCAAUAAUUGUGUACUAUGCGAUGCUUUAAUGCAUACAUUGAAUUUAUGCAAAAUAUUUUACAUAAUGUUAGUCAUGAUAUUUACCAAAAAACAUUCGGCAUUGAAAAUGCAAUUCUAAGUGGUAUUAUUUUCGUUUUACUGGAAUUGCAUGAUGUAAAUAAGAAUUCCGGCAGGCCGAAAUGUACACGCAAGAUAUAAAUACAGACAAUUGUCUCUCGAUAGUAUUAUGUCCUAUUAGAUUGAGAUGCAAAAGUGUAUGCAUGCAUAUAAUACGACAAAGGAGACACAUAAAAAAAUGUUUUCAUAAGUAAAUAUAUGUGCGUGCGUGCGUGCGUGCGUGCGUGCGCGCGCGCGCGUGUGUGUGUAUGUAUGCAUGCGUGCGUGUGUGUGUAACAAAUUGUUAUUGAAAGUGAUAGUCCAGAAGAAAAGAUCUGAGUAUAUUUCUUCAAAUAGAAUGUGUAGGUUUUCGGUAACAAUUGUGGUUUCCGUCUUAUGUUAAUGUAAUAAAUAUAAAAUAAAUCUGUUAUAUCAAUUUUUUGCUAAACUACAUCUUAGAUAUAAUGAAUAACAGCAUGCUGUAUCAGCUUUAAUAUACAAGUUUUAAGACAUUUAGAUAUAUCAUAUACAAUGUAUUUAGUUUAAGUUAUGUAUCUCUAACUAGUAGAGGUAUAAGGUUUAAAAAAAAUUUAUAUAUACAUAUAUAAAUUGAUAGCAAAAUGCAGUAUUACAUGAAUUUUUAUUUAAAAAAGCGUAUUGACGGAAUUUUAUUAUUUGUUUUUUUUUUAAUUACAUGCUGAUAUUUUAAUAUUUAUUUAAAUAGUUAUAUAAAACUUAAUUUUUUUUAAACACACAUACACAAACGCACACAAUACACACAUAAAGUAAAAGACUUUAAAGAAUACUCAAUGACUAGCUGGUCUUCUCAGUCAUACAAAAUGUUCCACACAUUUUAUAUUAAAUCUGUCAAUAUAAUAUUCCUAACAAUGAAACAAUUAAAAAUAAUGCUAUAAAUUUGUAGAUUUUGGAAUUUGUAGAAUUUGUAUAGCUUCAAAUUAAUGAAAAACCUUUAAAAUAAAUUGUACCUAAGUGCCGUAAAAAGACCGAAGUCCAUUUAUAAUAGGAUAUGCACUGCAUUAAUAUAAUGCACAAUUUUCAAGCUUCUAUUUAUUAUUGCAUCUUAAUCAAAAUAUCCGAUAAAUGUUUAUUUAUUGACGUUUCCUGCAUUUCACACACAUCCAGACAAUACAAUUGAUUAAACAUUGUUUAGAGAUAGAAAGAUGAAGAUGUUUUUCAAACAAUUAUGUGAUAUCUCUUAAAUAUUUGUGUUAUCUGGAUAUAUUAUACCAAAACGUAAUACUUUUUAUGAGAGUUAUCAAUGUAAGCGCAAUAUAUGUGUAAAAGUAUAAGUGAAUAAUGUCUUCCGUUACCAUCACGAUGCAGUCUUACAUACAUUUUUCACAAAAUGUACAAUAAAAAUAGUAUAUAUAACAAUUAUAUAUCAUAUGCUUUAAAUAUAACAUAUUGAAGAUUACAUUGACUUCUACAUAAAAUUGUUAAAAUAAUUAUAUAAAUAUACCACUUUUUUGUUGAGCUUUUAAAAACAAUUAUAGCCAUACAAUGUAUAUAGAGUGCAAUAUUUACAAUUACUAUGUUGAUUAUUGUUAUGUUAUAUAUGAUCAUAUUUAUGUUAUUUAUUAAUAGUCUUUAAUUUAAACUUGAAGAAAAAGAUAAAAAAUUGUAUAAUAUUAAGCAAAGUGACUGUAUCGGAUGUAAUUGGUGCUAUGCUUGAAUAAGUGAGAACAAUUACUUUUUUAUACUUUUCUGGAUAAUAUCCGACAAAAAAUUUUAUUUUUAAACUAAGAAAUUAAUGCGCGCGCGCACCCCCCCCCCCCCACACACACGGCAAGUAAACCUAAGACUCUCUGCUUAUAAAGUACAUUAAUAAUAAUACAUGUAUAUAUCAUGUGACACAAAAUAUACUAAGAAAUGUUAUGUUUCAAGAUUGAAAAUAUUGAUUAUGAUGAUUAUAUCAUCAGUGUAUUCUUAUUUCGUUGUUAAUAUACCAUGUCAUUUUCUUUGUAUACAUACAAA